AUUCACUGAAUUGCUAGCUGCUAGCUAGCCGGUUUUACUCAGUCGGUGUGUCGGAGCUGCUACAAAAUGUCAGAUUUUGACGAGUUUGAGAGACAGCUGACUGAAAACAAGCAAGCAGACAGAGACAAGGAGAACAAGCACCACCGGCGGAGUGGCUCGAGAAGUCGCAGCAGAGACCAUGAUAGGAAGAGGAGGAGUGGGGACAGAGAACGGAGAGGCAGCCGAGAUCGUCAUGGAGAUAGCAAGGAUCGCAGACACAGACGCAGUCGUUCCCCGCACCGUGAGAAGAAAAAGUUUAAAGUAAAGAAGUACUGGGAUGUUCCCCCUCCGGGUUUUGAACACAUCACACCCAUGCAGUACAAAGCCAUGCAAGCUGCAGGUCAGAUCCCAGCUACUGCUCUGCUUCCCACUAUGACCCCUGAGGGUCUGGCUGUAACCCCAACACCUGUUCCUGUGGUGGGCAGCCAGAUGACUCGACAAGCCCGGCGUUUGUACGUUGGCAACAUCCCCUUCGGUAUCACAGAGGAGUCCAUGAUGGACUUUUUCAACGCUCAGAUGCGUUUGGGUGGCCUGACUCAGGCCCCAGGAAAUCCAGUCCUUGCUGUUCAGAUCAACCAGGACAAGAACUUUGCCUUUCUGGAGUUCCGCUCAGUGGAUGAGACCACGCAGGCCAUGGCGUUUGAUGGCAUCAUUUUCCAGGGACAGAGUCUAAAGAUUCGCCGACCACACGACUACCAACCUCUACCAGGCAUGAGUGAAAACCCCAGCGUCUACGUCCCAGGUGGUAUCACUUGUUCUCUCUCUGUAGGCGUGGUCUCCACAGUGGUACCUGAUUCGGCGCAUAAACUCUUCAUCGGUGGUCUGCCAAAUUACCUCAAUGAUGAUCAGGUAAAAGAAUUGCUGACGUCAUUUGGUCCCCUAAAGGCGUUUAACCUUGUGAAAGACAGCGCUACAGGCCUCUCAAAGGGUUAUGCCUUCUGUGAAUAUGUUGACGUCAAUAUCAGUGACCAGGCCAUCGCGGGUCUAAACGGAAUGCAGCUGGGUGACAAGAAACUCCUGGUCCAAAGAGCAAGCGUGGGCUCCAAGAACACCACCCUGACGGGGAUAAACCAGACUCCAGUGACCCUGCAGGUUCCAGGUCUAAUGAACAGCUCGGUCACCCAGAUGGGUGGCAUUCCCACAGAAGUCCUGUGUCUGAUGAACAUGGUGGCCCCGGAGGAACUGCUGGAUGAUGACGAGUAUGAAGAGAUCGUGGAAGACGUCAGAGACGAGUGCUCCAAAUAUGGCCAGGUCAAGAGCAUCGAAAUCCCACGCCCUGUCGACGGCUUGGAAGUUCCUGGCACUGGAAAGAUCUUUGUGGAAUUUAUGUCAGUGUUUGACUCUCAGAAAGCAAUGCAAGGGUUAACAGGAAGGAAAUUUGCCAACAGAGUGGUUGUGACUAAGUACUGCGACCCUGAUGCCUACCACCGCCGUGACUUCUGGUAGAAACGGGACAGAUUCAAGAGCGAGAGAAACUCAGAUGGCCUGAUUUCAACCUUUCGGAAACUCCUGAUUUUGUAGGUUUACGAAAUCUCAGAGGGUGUGUGCUUUUGUUAAAAAACAUGACACGUGAUUGGUCAAAAUCGAUGUGAUGUUUUUUGACAACAUUGAAGUAUGUGAAAAGCUUUAUAAUGGGAAAGCAGACUGUACCAGACUGUCAUUGUCUACAGAAAAGGAUCAACUGGACAUGCCACCAAACUUCCAUCUUAAUUUUGGCUCAUGUUGAUUUUUGUCUAUUCCCCCAAGUGUUUUAAAUGCCUAUUAUGUCUGUGCAGCUCCCACGCUUUAAGCCCAACUGAUCGGAUAGGACUAAUAGGAUGAUAAAAAGUACGGAGUUAAUGAAGCUGAAGGGAGACUGACAUUGACAACAACAACAACAAAAAUGAAUGUUACACUCGAAGAACAAGGAAUCAAGAGAAGGGGCUAUGUGGAGAGGUCUUUGUUUUUAUGUGUUUUUUUUAUUGAGGCUGUGAAAUGUUUUUGUGUUUGGGCUAAGUGUAAAUGUGUGCAGUGAGAGAAGUUUCUGGGUCAUCUCUUGACACCAUAUAUGUCUGAGGUAAGCCCUCUACAGGCAUCUUGUAGAGGUUGAGUCUUACCACUUGUCUAUACUGUCCUUCCCCACUAUCCCCUGCUCUUACUCUCUUUCUUUCCUUUCACAUCUCCUAAUAGUUGUACUGUUUCUUGUGAACUCUGUUUUCCCGGCCCCAUUGAACCAAAUUUGUACCCAGUGGAAGCUGUUUUUUUCCUUUUAUUUCUUUUAAUUUUUAUAUAUUCUGUAUCUAACUGUCCACUGCUGUUUUUUAAAACUGUAAUAAGCUGAGUUGAUUUAAUACAAUGCAUUUAUGUAUGAUGACCAGAAGAAGGUUCUGGUGAAAUAAACUUGAUGCAUUUGAA